AUGCAGCAGAUGAUGCAGCAGCAGCAGCAGCAACAACAACAACAGCAGCAGCAGCUGCUGCUGCUACUGCUGCAGCAGCAGCAGCAGCAGCAAACCCAACAAAUGCUGCUGCAUCUGAAGCGGGCGCAGCAGCAGCUGCAGACACCCCACCGCCACCGCCAGCAGCAGCAGCAGCAGGAACAACAACAACAGCAGCAGCAGCAGCAACAGCAGCAGCAGCAGCAGCAGCAGCUCGGCUCCCAUGGGCAGAGCAGCGAGAAGCAGCAAUCGAGGCUUGUGUUGCAGUGGAUAGGGAGCUGA